UGUGCCGGAGACGCAGCGGCGCAGCGGCGGAGCGGCGGCGUCAUGGGGAAGCUCCAGGAAUUUGACAUCACGUUCAGCGGCAACAAGGUGGUGUACGGCCCCGGGGAGUCCAUCGGCGGCACCGUGAAGAUCCGGACCAGCAACCCGCUGCAGUACAAAGCCAUCAAGGUGAACUGUCAGGGCUCGUGUGGGAUCUCCAACAAAAUGAACGAACCCUCCUGGAGCCUGGAGGAGCAGUACUUCAGCAGCACACUGUCUGUUGCUGACAAAGGGACUCUGGCGGCAGGCGAACACAGUUUCCCGUUCCAGUUCCUUAUUCCAGUCGCUGCCCCGACUUCCUUCGAGGGUCCAUUCGGGAAGAUUAAUUACCGCGUGCGGGCCGCCAUCGACACCCCCCGCUUCUCUAAGGACUACAAAGCCCAGAAACCCUUCUACCUGCUCAACCUGCUGAACCUCAAUGAGGUGCCGGACAUUGAACAAUUGAGCUACGCCGUGACCACGAAGAAAUUCAGCUACCUGCUGGUGAAGACCGGGACCCUGAUGCUGAAAGCACGCAGCGACCUGAGGGGCUACAUCCCCGGGCAGGUCAUCAAGCUGGCAACUGAAAUCCACAACAAGUCUGGGAAGGACACGGGAUGUGUACUGGCCAGCCUCAUACAGAAAGUGACCUAUAAGACCAAGCGGCCUUUGUUUGACCUGCGGACCAUCGCAGAGGUGGAGGGCGCUGGCGUGAAGGCAGGGAAACACGCCGAGUGGAGGGAGCAGAUCAUCGUCCCUCCUCUUCCUCAGUCGGUGCUCGCAGGCUGCAGCCUCAUAGACAUCGAGUAUUUCAUACAGGUGUCGCUCAAGUCUCCGGACGCAGUCGUCACUCUGCCCAUCUACAUCGGCAACAUCGCUGUGAACUUUUCUCCAUCGAGGACCAUUCCCUCCACUCCAAACCGCGGCGGCGGCGGGGCCAUCGCACCCGGCGCAGCGGGGGUCACACCCAGUGCCCCGCCGGCCGAGCCAGAUGAGGGGUUGUGUGCCGCGGGCAUGGCCAGCGAGGAGAUCCCGACCAAGAGCCACUCUCAGCAGGAUUCCUCCGGUCAGCCGGUCACCAUGUCGCCCGGCGCCUUCGGCCAAGCACCAGGUGCAGCGCUGCCUCCCGGCCACCGGCGACCAGACAUGUCGGCUCAGAUGUUCUGCGUGUCCACCGGCGCCACCAUACCUUACUUCACCGAGGGAGACGUGACUCCUAUUCCCACUUCCUGUUCGCUCAUUCUCCCUCCAGAGUACAGCAGCUGGGACUACCCUCAUGAGCCUCCACCCAGUUACGAGGAAAGCUGCAGCAGCGCAGACUCCAGCUUCACCGGCCGCCAGUAGGAGAAGCAGGCGAUGAAGCCUCGUGACCACACCCACCCCCACCUGUCUGCACUCGCCUGUCGACCAAUCAGAACAAUCAGACACUCUGGGUGAAAGAGGAUGGAUGGUAUACACCCCCAUCCCCUUCUCCAGCACCCCAAAGAUUUUUUUUAUCCUUCUUUUUCCUCUAAUAAUUAAAAAAGGGAUCAUAUCUUGUAUUUAAUAUAUAAGAAUUUUAAUUUCCCCUCAUGUCCCUGCAGGUCGAGUCAGGUGACUUAUCACUGUGCCUAAAAGACAGAUUUUGGAUUGUCGCGCAGCUUCUCGAGGAUUUCAGGGGCUGGACAUGUUGUCUCCUCCUUUUUAUCUGGUCAUCAGUGAAUCGUUGCAUCUGUGAUGCCUUGAAAAUGAUUGGGGCUAUGACAGGACCCGGCGUUGGCCUUUUUACUGUUUGUGCUGUCGUUCUAGUUGUGCACUUGUUACUGUUGCCCACUGCUCGUCCAUGUGUGUGUGUGUCCUCACCACGAGCGAGGCCGAGGUGUCUUCAUGCUGGAUGUCAAGAGGAGAGCUCACAGCCACAGCUCCUGGUCUGUGUGUCAAACCAAUCAAUCUCCAGUGUGUUGGACCUUUCAUCUUUUCAUCUUUCAAAUCCUGCCAACAGGGAAAUAAUGUCUUAGGUAAAACCUCUCAGUUGUGUAGCUUUAAACACGGGUAGCAGUAAAAAUAUUCACAAUACAAAGGUCUAUUUGAUUGCUUUAUUGACAUGAAUGCAUGAAUGAAUAAAUUAUUAAAUAUAUGUUAUGUUGAGAACAUGUGAAAUUCAACCAAGGAGAGGUAGACACAGUGUGCUGCCACCCUGUGUCGACUGGUAACUGAGAGGUUUUGCUUUGAGAGCAGUUUUGUAUUCUGGGGACAGUUUGUCUGCGGAUGAGGCUCAUGUCCCUGCAGCAGAACUCCUCUGCCCUCGUGUGGCCACAGCUGGUAAACGCUUUCCUCUCAACUUGGUCCAGAAGCAGUGAUGAGCCGUGCAAACUGAGAUACCUGAGUCUUCAACGCACCAUCUGACGUCGGUUGUAUAAAUGUACAUUUUUGUUUCUUGAAACUGUCUGUUGAGCAGAGCUGGCAAAUACAGACUUCAUUUUUAGAAGUGAUUCAGUUGUUGUGCAUCCUUGUUUCAGUCCGGUGAGGCCACAGAUUGUUUCUCUCUGUGUUGCCUGGACUUUCUUUUAGUGCAACAUCAAUGAGAAGAGAAUCCUCUGAGAUGAACAUCGGUGCAGAUGAUAAACGUUCAUGUGCACGACGCUGCACAAAAGUGCUCCGAGUGUGUGGAUUUCUGUGAAUGUGCUCUUCUACUGUAUAUGUGUGUGUCUGAGUGUGUGAAUUCAAUUGACUCUGUGUGUGUUUUGACUCAAACGCAACAGUUCAAAUAGAUUUCUGAGUUUCUGUGUUUCAUUUUCUGGUAAAGUAAUUUCUUUCUUUACCUGCAUGAUUUCAGUUUUAAAGCAACACUAUGCCACAGCGCCCCCUGCAGCCACAAAUAGAGAUUGACCGAUUGAGUGUGGAUAUUACCCAUAAUCCCCGGCUUCCAGAACCACAAUUGCUGCCACUUUAGCAAAUCCAACAAACUCUGUUUAGAAUUCCUCAUAUUUAAGAUUUUCCUGCUGAAUAUUUGAGAUAAACUCUGUUUUUUUAAUAACUUCUCCCUAUAGAGGAACAUUAUCCCUAUUCCAUUGAAGGAAGCUGCUGUUUAAAGUUCAAAAGGUUGCAUAGUGUUGCUUUUAUUCUCUGAGUAAAAAUGUCAUUUUAUGAUUGUUAUGGUGUCACCAUUGUCCAAAUUAAUUCAUCUAGAAAAGUUUUUGUUUUGCACAUAUACAAGGUUUGGUCACAUGUCAUAAAUAACAGCUCAUUACUUGGUUUUUUUAUAUUAGAUUUGUCUAAUUGUGUCUUAUAUUCUUACUUUCAUCAGGCCAAGCCCAACACACACUCUUUGCGUUCCUGUGGGAAACUAAUGCCACUGAAAACCGUAAGCACAAUUAAGACUGAAUGUUUGUGUGUCCGUUGGUGUGUUGGUCGUAUUCCACCACACAUAAGUACGAUAUCACGUUAAUAUGCUCUGGUGUUUUUUUUCUCUUUUGACUCAAGAUCAUGUUGCCACGUGUUCUUAAUGUGAAAUCUCCACAAAUUUGAUUUUAACAAUAGUGUGGCUGGACAUUAUUCUGAAUGCAUGCCUUAAACACUGUGGACGUUCAUCGCCCCCUACAGGAGCCUGUGAUGCUCUCUCCUGUGGACUGUGCUAAGUGCACUUGAUGUAAACAAAUGUAGCUUUUAAACACAGUGAGAAAAAAACACUGGACCUUCAACUGGUUGAACAUUUCACUUUUACUAGUAUUGUUAUUAUUAUUGUUGUUUUAGAAAAUGUGCAAUUCCUCUCAUCUCCAAGGACGCUUCAGCAACCGCCUGGUUCCCUGAAGUUUAAGUUCACGUUGCCUUUUAUUAUUCUUUUAAAUCAUUUCUAAUUCUGUAGAUCUGCUCUCCACCAGAAGGUUCAAAAGCUUUACAGUGUGAAGCCCCAUUUGAUCAGUUGUUUGUUUUUCAUUCUCUCUCUCUCCUCAUCACACACAUAGAUAAGUGGUGUCUGGUUUUUGUAUUUUUCUACUUGUAAACUGUUUACAGGUGCAGUAUGCAGAUGAUAUAAUGUCAGCACCUCGAUCAGUAAAUGUAAUAUUUCAACUCACAGUGCAGAAUCAAAGUUGUACUGUACAGAAUAACAAUAAAAGAAAUAAUGAUAAUGAAA